AUGCGGGAUUACUAUCCAUGGCUCAUUUUGGCUCAACUCGUCCAGCUCUUCUGCUUUAUCCUUCCUGAUAACCCUCCAACUCCUUCCGAACGCGAGAUCCGCCUUGCGAUCGCACUGCUCUCGAAUACCGGAAACGUUUUGAACCCCUGCCCGCACCGUGUGAACGCCGGAGAUAACUGUUCUGCCCGUCAUCCGCCUAGUCGUCGCCACCACACAUUCGCGCAUCGUCGACAUUUUCCUACGUCCUCACCUCGAAACCGCGCCGCUUCACUUGAAGAUCUCACAUCGCUGUAUCGACACUGCACGAGCAUUGCAUACGCUUCGACGUCUCUCGACGACCCCUUCUCCCUCCGUCAGAAUACUCUUAUCGCCCUUGGAAAUCCUACCCGCGCGUCCACUUCCGCAGCGAAGCUGACGCUCCGCAAGCUUUGGGAAUUCUUUCUACGCGAUGACGUUGAAAGCUUUCAGCGGUUUCUGGCCAGCGCCGGCUAUACCUCUGCCGGUCAGAGGCCUCCAGGCGGCGGAGGCGCAUAUUUCAGCAGCGCCGGUUCGAUGAUCUCGUCUUCCCUAGGUGCUUCGCCAAAGGGUAAGAAGUCCAUUAGCACUUCACCUACGACACCUGCGUUAGAGCGCGGUGGUGGCUCACGGUCAGCCAAAACCAUCUCUCGGGAUGAAUUGAACGCCCGAGACCAGCAUGGAAGGACACUCCUGCAUCACGUCGCCUCGUCGCCCAAACCGACCGCCUUCGACUUUGCUCUCGCUUUGCUGGAGGUGCCGUUCCUCGAUAUAUAUGCGCAGGAUUUAGAAAGUGGAUGGACGGCGCUACACCGGGCUCUUUAUGCGGGCAAUGCCACAAUCGCGCAAGCCUUGAUGGCCCGGGAUGCGCGCGAUGCGACAGACAUGAGUAAGCCAGGAUCAUUGGGCCAUCCGAGCGGAAGCCUCAUCAAGAUCAAGGAUAGAGAGGGCUACAGUCCGUUCGACGUAUAUGCGUCCACGAUCACUUCUCGCACUGUUGGCCCGUUGGCUCCAGACCUUGGGUCGGACGCUGCCUCCUCGGUCAGUGCCUCGGACGAUGAAGAUGCCGCAGAGAAUUUCGAGAAACCAGAUGAGAACUUGUUCAGUGACGAAGUGUACACAUUUGGAAGUAACAAAAAUCUCAACCUUGGCGUGGGAGACCAGGACGACCGACAGUAUCCCGAAAGGAUAACGCUCGCACGUCCAGCACACCUUAUGGAGAGGUUCUUUCGAGAAUAUCAGGAACGGCAUGACGACGUCAAAUCCGCAGGCGAUCCUUCCAACCCAGACCUUCCAGCUUUCAUAAAAGCCAAGCCGCUCAAAAUCCAGACGUUAGCGAUGUCCAAGCUUCACACGGCAAUCCUUACCAACGACCCCGAAUCCAACCUUUUUAUGUGCGGCUUUGGUCCUGGUGGCCGUCUGGGCACUGGAGAUGAGAGCACGCGGUUUAGUUUCGUUUGUAUCGAGAACGGCGGCCUUGCAAACAGGAAGAUAGUGUCCGUUGCUCUCGGUCAGGAUCAUACGCUCGCCAUUACCGAUAAUGGAGAUAUUUUCAGCUGGGGAAGCAACAAAUUUGGUCAGUUAGGAUACGGUCUUCCCAGGGCAAAUAACAAAGAUGACGUGCCCAUUCAGCCAUCUCCACGGCAAAUAUUCAACCCGUUCAAGAAAGAGGUCAUCCUAGGAGCAGCGGCGUCGGCCAUCCACUCGGUUGUUUACAGUACUUCUGGCCUAUACACCUUUGGUAAAAACGAGGGCCAGCUGGGUCUUGUGGAUUCAGACGCCCGGUCACUUGAAGUACAGACGACACCGCGACGUGUUGGUGCAUCGCUGCUCAGUACUCCGAUACAAAGCGUAUCUGCCACUGACCAGGCUACCGCUAUUUUGCUCCAGAACCAUGAAGUCUGGGUGUUUUCGCAUUAUGGUUAUUCUAGGCUCUCGUUCCCUUUAGAGGUCAACUCAAGGUUCAUAAGAGACAGUUUCAUGGCCACCCGAUACGAUACUUCUGUCAACCGCAUCGUCAAAAUCCGGUCUGGCGGCAAUACUAUCUGUGCCUUGUCAAGUUCCGGAGAUGUUUUCACAGCCCAGGUCAACAAGUUGGAGAAUCUGCCAAGUUUGACUUCGACGACCAAUCCCUCGAAAAUUCGUAAUUCUUUGUCCACGCCUGUACGCGUCUGGUCUGUGAAGAAGGCGCAUAUGGCAGUCAAAGAUGUCGACGUCGGUCAGGAUGGAUCGAUCAUCAUUUGCACAGCUUCAGGCUCCACAUGGAGAAAAGAACGGCGUCGCAAAUCCAAGCACGGAUCCUCGGGGGAGUACAAAUUCGCUCGUGUUCCCGGCCUUUCGCGGGUGGUUGGUGUCUGCAGCAAUGCUUUUGGAGCAUUCGCGGUCGCUCAACGCGAAUGUGAAGUGACCAAGGAACAGAUCACUGUUGAUCCUAGCAGCCUUUGGCGAGACAUUUGGCCGUUGUCGCCCUUCAACUCAAUCCGCGCAAGCAUGGAGCAAUUAAUAUCUGUCCCUGGCGAAGAGGAGCGUGACCUAGAGUCAGUUGCAGCACUUCGGCAAGCCCUAAUAGACGCCCCGAAUCCAGAACUGUAUUUCCGAACAACGUUUGCCGGGCCACCCACUGGAACAGUCUGGGUUAUGACAACCAUGUCAGAUAUACGAGUUCCUGUUCAUGAAUUUAUCUUGGCAGGUCGCAGUUCCGUCUUGAGGAGAGCUCUACUUGACUAUCGGCGUAAACACAGCGCUUCUGUACCUGAUGUUCUAUCUAUUGAGAAAGACGACAACGGGGAUCGCCGGAUAGUCUUCCAAGGACUUGAUACCCUAACCCUUCUGAACUUUGCUUUCUUCCUUUACACGGACGCUGUUCUCGAUGUCUGGCAGCAUGCCCGGUAUUCCCCAGAGAAUGCUUCCCGCUUCCGCCAGGUACGAACGGAGGUGAUGCGCAUCGCCUCGCAUUUACACCUUCCCGCCUUGGAACGAGCCGCAGUACUCAUGGUCAGACCUGCCAAGAGCAUGAAGGCUGAUUUCGCCGUGGCCCUCAACGACCCUGCCUUCUUUGACAGCGGCGAUGUCGUGAUCGAAUUGAAUGGCGACCGAAUGAUAGCUCACAGCCAACUCAUCUGUCAAAGAUGCCCAUUCUUCUAUGCUCUAUUUAUCGGUCGCUCGGGUGGUAUGUGGCUACAGUCUCGACGUAAAUCACCUCAAGACAAAGUCCACGUUGACCUUAAACAUGUCGAUCGCCCGGUAUUUGAGUUUGUUGUCCGAUAUAUGUAUGCGGACACAGACGAUCGGCUCUUUGAUGAUGUUCGAACGAGAGAUACUCAGGAAUUUGUUGAUCUUAUCAUAGACGUUGCCUUUGUGGCCAAUGAGUUGAUGAUCGAUAGAUUGGCACAGAUUUGUCAAAAGGCACUGGGGACAUUCGUGACUUCGCGCAAUGUGUGUCAUCUUCUCAAUUCGGUUGCUCCCUGCUUUGUUACCGAGUUUAAAGAUGCUGCGCUAGAGCUUCUGGGUGAUCUCGACCAAUAUCUUCUCCGCGCUCUUGAUAACGUCUGCCAUGACAAUCAAAUGACAGCCUUCCCCAUAUCCAGGGGCCGCAACGCGCUUGAGUUCAUCUACGAAAAGUAUCCUGAACUUAUCACAUCGAUUGAGGCAGAUAGACGACGAUUGAUUGACUCAAUACGGCUCAGGUCUCGUGUCAGCAAGAUUGACUCGCAGGAAGGAAAGCUCAGAGCUUCAAGCGAGAAAAUCGCAGCUUCACCGUCGACGUCAAAGCCCAAGGUUGGUGCAGAUAGAGUUCGCCCUGCGGCCGCCUAUGAUAGUCCACUGCUUAAAUCAAAACACUCAACUGGUGAUUUGAUGUUUCAAAUGGACGAUGAGGCUCCAUUGUCCCCUCGAGACUCCGGAAAGGGAAAGGCAGUGGACCGAAGCACCAACAGAGUGGAAGAGCCCGAAACUCGACCAUGGAGCGAUGCACCAGUACUCGGCUCUAGUCUGCAGGAUGCAGCGUCAUUUGGCGGCCGGAGUUACCUAGAUGACCGAAUGGCAUCUCCACAGGACACAAGUCUCGGCAAAUCUCCUGUAUUCCAGCCCAGCACACCUCAGAGGGAGCAGAAUGGAUCUAUAUCCUCACCGUAUCCUUCACAAGCACCCUGGAAGCCAGCAUCUCUUUCAGGAUCUAAGAAAGCCCUCAAGGAUAUAAUGAGCGAGGCUUCAGAAAGCCGAGUCUCGAAUCUUAGCCUUGGAAUGUCAUCUGCGCGUCGUGAAAGCAGCAGUUUAUCUACUUCCAAGUUGUCUCAAAAGGAGCGCAAGAAGAUGCAGCAGCAACAGUUGCAGGACAUGGCCGCCGCUCAACAGAAAACCAAAGAGGCCGCGCAAAGUCCCUGGAAGAUUCCCAGCCCGGCUCCAGCUGUACCUAUUGGCACAUCUCCAAACACAAAGGCAAACGGACACGACAUCCUAUCGCCUACACCAUCCAGACUAGCCCAAAGACCUGGGAUGACACUCCGCCAGACAGUCGCAGGUGCGCCCUCGCCUAAGCACGGCAGUCCCGCCAAUCCGACACCGACCACCUCGAAGGCUCGUAGUGUCUCAGCUACCGCCACCCCGAUAAACGCCAAACCCCUAUCAAACCCGAGCCCAUCAGACGCAGCUGCACCCUCCGCAUCUCCCACCGACCAACCUUCCAUCAAAUCAGUCCGGCACAUUCCCCGACCCGAACCUUACCAAACUGCCUUCCACGCCGACUCGCCAGGCUCUCUAUCUCUCGCCACAAUCCUCAUGCAGCAACAGACGGAAAAGGACGAGAUUCGCGAAGCCGCGACGGCUAAACACAAUCUCCAAGAUAUCCAGGCUGAGCAGGCGUUCCAGGAAUGGUGGGAUAAGGAGAGUAGACGUGUGCAGGGAAUUGCGGAGCCGGAGGCUGAAGAUAGACCAGGCCAGGCUGAGCGAAGCGGCCGUGAUGGCGGGCGAGGCGGCCGCGGAAGUAAAGGUGCUACUGGCCAAAGCCAGCGGAAGAGGCGCGGGAAAGGGCCCCAUGCGCAGGGUCAGGGUCAGGGUCAGGGAGGUGCUGGUGCUGGUGCUGGUGCUGUAUCAUCACCGGUUCAGCAGGGCCAAACGGCGCGGAACGGUUCCGAAGCCACUUCUCGGGCUCGUCAACAAACGUCAACGCCGACACCGAAAAAACCACAUACACAUGCGAACUCUGCGAAUCCCUCGCGCCGCGGUCGAGGCGGGUACCGCGGAAAGCAAAGUGAGGGUCAGAGGGCGUAA